CCAUAUCAGUCGAACCAUACGUUGUUCUCUCCCUUUACAAAGUCCAUCGUGUGAAGCUAUGCAAGUAUUGAAUCCAGUAAAAAGUGUGGGUAAAGCAUUUGCUACAUACAUAAUACAGUCAACAAGCCACAAAACUGUUCUCCCAAUAAUUAGCAGUAAUAGAAAAUAUUCAAAAAUGUCCAAGUUGAGGGGAGCUGACAGAUUGAAAGGGACAGAGAAAAAUGUCUGGGUAGAGUUUGGAAAGCUUGCUGUCGAUUAUAAAGCAUUGAAUUUAGGACAGGGAUUUCCUGAUUUCAAACCCCCACAACAUGUGAUUGACAAAAUGGUUCAUGCUGUUGAUGGUUCAGAAAAUGCUCUCCUCAGUCAGUACACUCGUAGUUAUGGACAUCCAAGAUUGGUGAAUGUUCUUGCCAAAUUGUAUAGCCCUUUAACUGGCAGAACUUUGGACCCAAUGAAUAAUGUAACUGUUUCUGUUGGAGCCUAUGGUGUUUUGUUUUGUGCUGUACAAGGGUUGGUCAAUCCUGGCGAUGAGGUUGUUAUUGUAGAGCCCUACUUUGAUUGUUAUGAACCUAUGGUCAAAGUUGCUGGUGCCACUCCAAAAUAUGUGCCACUCCGUCCAAUAAAGAAAGAAGGUGUACUAUCCAGUGAUGAUUGGAAGUUAGAUCCUGUAGAAUUGGAAAGCAAGUUUAGUGCCAAAACCAAAGCUAUAAUGAUCAAUAAUCCCAAUAAUCCAGUAGGAAAGGUAUUUAAGAAAGAAGAGUUGGAAAUGAUAGCCGAUCUGUGUAAGAAGUAUGAUUGUAUAUGUAUAUCUGAUGAAGUUUACGAAUGGAUGAUAUACGAUGAAAAUAAACACAUCAAAAUAGCUUCUUUACCUGGUAUGUGGGAGAGAACAGUAACACUGGGAAGUGCUGGUAAAACUUUUAGUGCUACAGGAUGGAAAUUAGGAUGGGGAGUUGGACCAGAUCAUCUCAUUAAACCCAUGCAGAUUUUACAUCAGAACUGUAUAUAUACCUGUCCAACACCUAUACAGGAGGCAGUAGCAGAAGGGCUGGAGUAUGAAAUAUCUGUUCAAGACAAAAAGGAGGAAUGUUACCUGACCAGUCUUGCUCUGGAAUUGAAACCUAAACGUGAUGCUCUAGCUAAAUCAUUGGUAGAGAUUGGUAUGAUACCCACAAUCCCUGAAGGAGGAUAUUUCAUGAUGGCAGAUAUUUCUAAAUUAAAAGUAGAUAUUCCAGAUGAUGGCACUAAGGAUCCUUAUGAUUUUAAAUUUGUACGAUGGCUGUGUAAAGAAAAGAGAUUAUCUGUGAUACCACCCUCAGCUUUCUAUAACCAGGAACAUAAAAACCUUGGAGAGAAGUUUGUCAGAUUUUGUUUUAUAAAGAAAGAUGAAACUCUAGCCAAAGCAGAUGAAAUUUUCAAAAAAUGGAAAGCUGAACAGGGAAAAUAAAUCAUUGACUGGUUCUUAAAGUGAUAGAAUAUUAUAAUAGUGAUAAUUGGAUAAAAUAAUUUGACAACCAAAGAUUAUGAAUUAAAAUUAUAUUUUGGUAUUCAACUGAAUUACUGCGAACAACUUUGUUAUUUAAAAAAAAAAAAGGCAACUUGUAUCUUAUUGCGUUUGUUAAGUGUGUUUGAGUGUAAGUUGAGUUUGUGGACGUAAAUGGAACAUUCCAUUUUCAUUUGUGAGAUCAAUUUAUAGCUGUCCAUUAUCAUUCUGUAAGAUCUGCUGCUGUACCUUAUAGUUCAUGUAUUUAAAAAGCAUUGUAACAAUUUUUUAAAUUCUCAAAAGACCUCCUUAUACAUGUAUUUGAUUUAUACAUUAAAUGGAGUCAUGUUUUAAUGGCUGUAUAUUUAUUACUGUGAAACAGAAAUUUCUUUUCGGUUUUAAGAUUUGCUAAGAAAUACUCAUUAUUUAUUGAUGACUAACUGGUUGUGUAUCUUACAUAUUUUAAAAUAAAUAGUGAUAUGAGUAAGAUAGAUAGAAGAUACACACUGCCAUAAGAGAGUGAGAUUGACAAUAUUUGUCUAUAAUGGGGGUUGGGGGGGGGGGGACACACAACUAUAUGUUUCACAAGAUAUUCAAGAACACCAGCUAUCAGUUCAGCAAAAAGUUAUUAUUUUAUAAAAGAAUUUUGAAAUUCUUCUAGUCAUUUACAUCUAAAAUAUCUUAACUAUUAUAUGUUAUUUAUUUUUCACACUAAAAUUUAUGGAAGUUAAAUAUCAAACUGCUUUUCUUCAAUCACUUUUUUUUAUAAAGAUAUUUAUACAAGCUCUGGUAUUAUUAUCCUAUUUUUAGUUCUUUGUUUUAAAGACUUGUUAAAGAAGACCAAUAUUUGUUAUGUUUUUACAGACUGUGAGUCUGACAGUAUGGAUGGUAGUGUCAACUCUUGGAAUAUUGAUAUUUAACUCUCAGUCAGUGUUGAUCGCUGUUAAUUAUAUUUAAUUAAUAAUAAAUGGAAAAGAAACA